GUUUCCUCGCGUUAUGACUAGACUGCGCAUGCGCAAUGACAGACGAGGGCGAGUGCUACAUAAUUGCACACCGUGCUGAUGUCCGACAGAACGAGAUGGCUUCUGUGAAGGUGUCAGGGAGCAUGCCGUUAGCCAACACUUGUUUGGAUGACCCCAAAAAACGCAAGAAAAAAAAGGCCAAGAAACCAAAAAGGGAAAAGUCAGAUAAACAUAAAUCAAAGCCAAAAGGUAAACAGGGUUUGAAGGAUUACUCUGACAUUUGCGACACGAUCUUCACUGCGGACUGGCCGGAGAUCAAGAAGAAGAAAAGAAAAAAGAAACAUGGUUGCAGUUUGAACGAAGAGUUUUUUCUGACACAGAAUAAAAACCUCAAACUGUCAAAGCGAAACAAGCUCAACAGGAAAACCCGCGGUGUUGCGGACUCACGAGCGGCCAAAGAUGGUGUCCGCUCACAACCUGGUGAACAGGAAGCAGUGCAGCCGAUUAAAAGCUUAAUACGUAAAGAGAAGAAACAUAACAAGAGAGUCGUUUUUAACCUGCCGCCGGUGUUGCUAGAACCUAAACCACUACAAGAUCCUUUUUUGGUGAGAGACAGCUUUCAAACCCAGCACUCUAACGCCAGAUUUCCUGCAGAUGGACGUCACAGCAAGCCGGCCAUGGAAGAAAAUGGCACGGGGUCUCAAACUACGUCUGAUGAUAUCAACAGCCAAGAUCUUUUCAUCACACAGAAGACGUUCUCGGAUCCUUACAUAGACCUCUGUAGCAGUACGAGUGCUGAGGAAGCUCUAGAACCUCAGGGUUAUACAGAGAUACAUCCAGAGCCUCAGUCCUAUACAGCAUCAUCAGAAAAGGAACCUUCUAGAGAACCUCAGUCUUAUACAGAGUCAGUGCUAAGGAAACAAUUAUGUCCAGAACAUCAGUAUUAUACAUCCUCAUGUCCAGAUCCUCAAGCUUCUACAGCAUCAUUAACAAAGAAGCAUUUAUAUCCAGUACAUCACACUUAUACAGUGCCAUUAACAAGGAACAGCCCAUGUUCAGAGCCUCAGGCCCCUAUAGCAUCAUCAGCAAAGAAGCUGUCAUCUCCAGAACCCCAGUCUUAUACAUCAUCAUCAUCAUCGCCAAGGAAAUGGUCAUGUCCAGAGCCUCAGUCAUUACCAAAGAAACCAUUGUGUCCACAUCACCCAUCAUAUCACCCAUCACCACUAAGGAAGCUGUCACACGGUCACAAACAUGAUGCUUUUACUCAGACGGAAAACUUCUUCACCGCUCCUCUCCUCGCUACUUCUCUCGGGUUCCGUCAGCAGAGCAAAUGCACAGAAGAACCGAUGGACCUGAGCCUGCCGAAAAGACCUCAGCGAGAAGCCGUCAGGCGAGCGUCUGGAGAUCAGCGUAUCCCUGAGCCGAACGUCACAAACCUGACACAGGUCGACGACAGCGACUCGUAUUUAAAGAGCAAAGCCGACCUGUCUCAGCUGAAAGUGGUUCAGACGCGGCUCAACGAGUCCUUCUUCUUCAAGCUGAAGGGAGAGGGGGAUUCGCCAAAACCGAUGUCGCCGCUCAUGAAAUUAGCAGGAAGCGUCGAGAAGAAGAAGCCAUGACAACAUCAAAUAAGUUAAAAAUAAUUAAUUCUGGUCUGUGUUUU